UGAAAUUUGUCAAGAUGUAAAAAAAUAUAUAUUUUGUUUUCAAAGGAUAAAGAUCCAUUUGACCUACUGGCAGCAACCCUUCCAUCUGAGGCACCUGACAAUUCUGCUCCCAAAUAUUCAGGCCCUGAAGUGAAGGAAGCAGAUGCAAAAGAGAAGUCCAUUGAGCGAUUGGGAGACCGAGAAAGUACAAUACCGCCUGAGUACCGAUUUGGGAAACAGCCCGAUUCAAAGGAUAAAGGCAAACCAACCUCUUCUGUCACUUCUCCAGGAGCAAAACCAAAGACGAUGACAGAAGAUGAUGUCCUGACGUCACUGUCAGCAGACCUUGUCCAAAGCUCUGCGGCUCAAGUUUCAAAAUGCUCCGCUCCACUUUCCCAUGUUGCUGCACCACACUCAACGCUGAAACAGGAGCCUCUGAAAGCUUCAACAGCUGCCUCUGUAUCUGCAAAUCAAAGUGCUCCAAAGGGUAAAGAUCCAUUUGACCUACUUGCAAAAACCCUUCCAUCAGAGGCACCUGACAAAUCAGCUCCAAAAUAUACUGGCCCUGCAGUGAAGGAAUCCGAUUCUUCCAAGAAGAAAGCUGAACUUGUGGGAGAAACUGAAGAAUCCAUACCGCCCGAUUAUAGAUUUACACUGCCAGCUGAUCCAAAGGAUAAAGACAAAACUAAAUUGCCCGCCUCCUCUACUGGUGCAGGAACAAAACCAAAGGCGAUGGCAGAGGGUGAUGCCCUAAAGGCUCUGUCAGCAGACCUUGUCGAAUGCUCUGCCGCUCCAGUUUCAAAAUGUUCAGCUCCAGUUUCCCACACUGUAGCGCCGCCCUCUCUGCAGAAGCCGGCACCUCUGCGAGCAUCAACAGCUGCCUCAGUAUCUUCAAGUCAAGGUAGUACUAAGGAUGAAGAUCCAUUUGACCUGCUUGCAGGCACCCUUCCAUCAGAAGCACCAGAUACGUCAGGUCCCAAGUACACUGGUCCUCCAGUGAAGGAAUCAGAUGUUAACAAGAAGAAGGCUGAACGUGUAGGGGAAAUUGAAGAAUCCAUACCUCCUGAUUACAGAUUUACUGAACAAACUGAUCCAAAGGAUAAAGGUAAACCGGCCUCUUCCUUUGCUGCACCAGGAGCUAAACCAAAGUUAAUGACAAAGGAGGAACUCGUAGAUAGUUUUUCGUCAGAUUUCGACUCCAGUUCUUCAGCUUCACAUUCUGUGGCACCGGUCUCCAAACAGAAAGAGUCAAAUGAAAAACCUGCUGCUAAACCUGAUACUAAGAAAGCCCGUAAAUGGUAAUGCGAGCAAAACAGCUCCUGGUUUCCAAACUGACCAAUGUGCAAGUUUUUUCUUCCUUGGGAAUAUGCUUCUGUACAAAUAUCUGUAGUUUCUAAUUAAUUUUCCAAAGAUCUGUGGUAUUACUUUACGGGGAGGUUAUGAACAAUCAACUUUGAGAAUGAUUUUAACUUUAGAACUUAGCUUUACAGCAUUGUAUGAAAUAUAUACUCUCUGAAGGUUCUUAAACUGGAUUUAUAUAUUUAAAAUUUGUUUUCUAAGUGGGAAGGAUAGUAUAUUUGUAGGAAAUGUUUACCACUAAUAUGUUGUAUAAAUAAUUAGUGUUACAUUUUUGAUGCUGUGUGUCAGUUGUUGAAGUUCAGUUCUAUUUCUCUUGUCUGAAUUGGGAAACAUCUCAAGACUCUGCACAGUUGAAUUACUUCCCCUGAACCAGACUAUUCAUAAUCUUGGUGUUACAUAUAAUCCUGGGAUAAGCUUCUGCCAACAUAUCUGCACCAGCAGGAGUACAGCUGAACAUUGUAACUGUGUCAGACUCCUCCCUGCCUAACCUGUGCUGCCUCUGGAGCCUAUUCUGCUCCCUUGGCCAGCUUCCUGCCUACCGAUUAGCUCAUCAAAAGUUCAAAGGUCUGUUCAUUGUCACGUGUACCAAUUAAGGUACAGUGAAACCCGAUUACCAUUGCGUAAAUCCUAACUCAUCAAAUCCCAUUGUAGAUCCACAGAUAUAUAUUGAUACUGGGUCUAGAACUAUGAGUUUUAAAAUGCUCCUGAGACUGGGGUUCUUCACAACCAUAGCCUUCUUUAUCCCUGGAACCCUGUUAGAGGAGUGCUUCUCCAAUUCUGGUCCUUUGGAGCAAUUAACAUUGGUUUGGCACUCAUGCCUUCUGUUGCUUGGGUCCUGACCACUGAAAUCCAUUAACAGGACAGCACUGCUGCCUCUGAGAUGCCCCUUAAUGCAUAUUACUUUGCACAGUAAUUUGUUCACAUGUCCUACUAUCGCCUUAUGAGACAGCAUAAUAAACUCCUGUGAAGUGCCUUGGAACAUCUAGCAGUGUAAAGGAUACUAUGAAAAAUAAACAUUGACAUUUAAUUUGAUUGUAAAAACCCAAAUCAAGCUUCUGGGUUGAAUUACAUUUUUUUCUUCAUGCAGCACAGCAUUAAAAUGUGUUUAGGUCACAACUAUUCAUUUAUAUUUACAGAAUAUUGCUUGGGUGUAUUGUAUCACAUGGGUACAAAGAGAAUCGAAAAAUAAAAUGCAAUGAACAGAAAAA